AUGGGGCGCCCGCGCCGCAUGUCCAUGGAGGAGGAUAUGUUCUACCGGGCAGUCAUGACGUCGCGGCCAAAGAACCCGCCGAGCUAUGAGACGGCCAUGCAGGCUGCUGUGGCGGCCGAGAGGAGGGUGAUGGCGAUGGCUGCUGUCGAGGACCAGGAAGAGAGGCUGCCCCAGUACUCAUCCGAGUUGGAUAUUGAGGGCGUGUUUAUGCGCAAGAUGGAGAUGGAGGACACGAUCAAGCGGGCCGAGUAUCGAGACUGGAGGAUGGUUUAUGUCGAGCUUCGGGGAACGGCACUCAACGUCUACUCGGUCAAGAAGGAGCGUGGAUGGUGGUCGUCAAAGCCGGACGCACCUAACAUUGCGCCUGAUAAUCCGCCAUGGGUGAAGAAGCAUGCGUUGGAGCGGAGCUACAGCCUGCUCUAUGCGGAUGCGGGGAUCGCGGCGGAUUACAAGAAGAAGCGCUACGUCAUUCGGCUACGAGUGGAAACGGACCAGUUUUUAUUGUCGUGUUUCGAGUUGAGCACAUUUGUCACAUGGCUCGACAGGCUUUAUGCCGCCUUCAACGUGGCUGCACCCAUCGAUGAGCGCGAUUUCCCCAGGGACUACAGCAUACCACGGAUUCAGAGGAUACGGUUCUUGCGCGGACAACGACCGCCACCCCAGGACCAUCUUGGCAGGCAACCCGAUCAUAGAAGACCAGACGAGAGCGACGAAGACGACAGCGAAGGGGAGGGAGAGGGCGGUGAACCACCAGAUCACAGAGGUGGCGGCGGACGUGGGCCACGGCCGGCUGAAUACCCAAUAAUGGCGAGGUUAUCAAUAUCAUCAUACGCGAACGAGAACGUCGACCCGGAAACCGGAAAAUGGCUGCCAGAACACGGCUGGACCAUCGCCCACGACCAGCUCUACGCCCGUCUGUGCUACGCGGUACUAUUAUUCAAGUCACCACGGAAGAGCAAUUACAUUGUCUCACGAGGCAAGCGGUGGUGGGUCGACUGGGACAGCGGCAAGAUGGUUCGGGUGCUGCCCCCGGCCUACGGCGAAAUCGACGUCAUGGGCCCAUGGCAGGUCAUCAUGGCCGAGAACAGGAGGAUAUAA